ACGGAAGUCGGGAGGAGAACUUCCUUGGUAACAAGAAGCUUGCUUGGAGAUGCCUGGUUAGCAUCUCGCUAAAUGUUAAACCGGAGUGUUUUUUUCCAUAAAUCCCUGAGUUUUCUAUCCAUGGAGCAGGCUGUGUGUGUGACACUGACGGCGUAGAGGAAAGUAAAGCUAACCCUGUUUUUGUAGCUGAUUUAAUAAGUUAGCUCUGGGUCUGUUCGCCGCACCAUGUCUCUGCUAGCCAAAUGAUUUCUAGCUGUUUGCGUUUACUUCACGUCCUCCUGGUGCUGUGUGGACGUUUGGCUCUCUCAGCCACAGAUUUAGGGGCCACUUCCUCUCCCAACUCCAGCCCAACCUAUGGGGUCCCUUUCAGCUCACCCACCCCGGCUCCGGGUGUUACGGGGGUCACAGAGGAGGACACUCUUUAUCCCUCUUUGGUAACCAAGCAGCAGUCCGUGUCUGAGACACCAGCCGCGGUCACAGAAGCUCCGUCUCCUACCACCAUGGUGUCUGCACAGGGUUGUCUCUGUGAUCUAACUCCUGGUUUCUGUGACAUCGGCUGCUGCUGUGACACAACUGAUUGUAAUGAUACCAACUUGGCCAGAGUCUUCACCGGCUGUCCAAAACAAGAUGUGAGAGGAGUUUGCAUUGAGAAAUGGCUGAUGUUCAGAGCCAACAUGGAUUCAACACUCGUCACUGUGACUGACACCUUGUUUUGUAUCCAGGCAGAAGCAGAUGAUGCCCUUUGGUCUCCUCCUGGCCUGACUCAGUUUCCAGCAUUACGUGAUUCCUACCGAUUCUCACCUCAAGGACAUUUGAUUACAAAACACAGUAGAGAUUUUUACAGGGCCGAUGAUGUAAUCCAGACGUUUUUCUCCAACUCCUUUGUGCGAGGGCUCCUCCGCCAGCCGUCUCCAGGGGCCGCCUUUGCCUUCUGCUUCAGCCGCAAUCCUGCAAAGUUUCUAAGAUCUACGUCGCUGUCUUGUACCCGCAUGGUGACCUCUCAGUCAUGCACCGCCGAUCCGAAUCUCAGGGCUAGCUCUUACUUUUCUGACAUGAGUCUCAUAAAGGUUCCAACAGGGGACACGGUGAUACCAUCAGAUUAUUUGAUCCCAGUAAUCCCACAGUCUGACUGGCCCGUGCCAGUCAAACAAAACGGCUUCUGUAUAAAUGUUGUGAAAGAGGUAGAGUUUAUUGUUGGCUACACGGCCAGAGGGGAGCUGAUGUACGGAAAAAUCAACAUAAACCUGGCUGACGUGGCUUUAGAGCAGCUGUUGCUCCAGAAACACUCUGUACAAUUUCAGCUGGCCACACCCGGCCCCACUCCAGGAGAACCAGCACUUCCUGUUGGACUUAGAGAGGGAUCUGCUGUCAUUGGGCGUUUUAAUGGAGAACAUCACCCUUUGACAUCACUUGGUGUCUCAGAAGGUGGGGCGUGUUCCUCCGAUCCCAGAACACGAUCGCCGGUCCUCUUCACACAUAACACUAUCACUGGCUGCACAUUCAGUUCUCCAACUCCGAACUGCACUGAGCUGCGCUUACGGAUUUAUGAGAUCUUACAAGGAUCCGCUGCUCCUGAUGUGAUCGCCAUGAACUCGGGCUCCCAGCCGGACUGGACUAGAGUCAUCACACAGGAGUGUACGAUCAAUCCGCAGGAGUUAUGUGAAUCAGGCUGCAACCUCCCACUCUCUCUCUUCAUCCAAAUUCUGUGGGCUCGCCAGGGAUUCAUGGAGCUUCCUCAGAACCACAUCCUGGGAGCCAAAUUUCUCUUUCACUGCCAAAUCGUUCAGUGUCCUUUAUCAUCUCCUCUCGCCCUGACGGCCAAAGCCGCGUUCAUCGAAACCACCGUUUACCCAGAGCCCCCCAGAGGGGUUCCUCAGCUUCACUGGAGGUUUCCCUUCGGCUUCUUCUCGAGAGGAGCUGUGGAGCUGGACGGCCAUGUCGUUCCGAGCGGCAGCAGCGCUGAGAGGGUCUCAUGGAGUUGGAUGAUGUUCCCACUGUUGUUGCUAGCAGGAUUAGGAUUCUUCACUGUACAGCUUGAUAGGUAACACAGAUGUUGACAUAACAAUAAGUGAAAGUAAUGUAUGUUUUAUUUUGCAGCUGUUUUAUAAAAUAAAAAGUACACUAUUUUACAUAAUGUAAGGAUCACAUUCUCGAAAUAAUUUUUUGUUUUGCUUGUUUUCCAAGAAUAAAUAAGGUUUUUUUCA